AACGUAAGGCGACAAUCGCCUUUUCCUGAACGCUGUCCGCUGCUCGCAUCCCGCAUUACAUCUCCUGCUACAUUCAGCUCUCCGGGCUUUGAUCUGAUCUGAUCUGAUGUGUCACCGCCACAUUUGAUCCCACCAUAAAAAGGCAAAAUUCAGUUUUCUUGUAUUUGAUUUUUAUGCAUUAAUUAUCAGGACGGAUCCUGGGAGGUGUCACAGAACUACAAUGAUUGAAAGACCAGAAUCGGCUGUUUCCAGCGUUGCGCAGAGGAAUCUGGAGGGAUAUGUGGGAUUCGCCAACCUGCCCAACCAAGUUUACCGCAAAUCUGUCAAAAGAGGCUUUGAGUUUACACUCAUGGUUGUAGGUGAGUCUGGAUUGGGCAAAUCGACACUCAUCAACUCGCUCUUUCUGACAGAUCUGUACUCCAAAGAAUAUCCAGGACCUUCGCAGAGGAUCAAAAAGACAGUGCAGGUAGAGCAAUCCAAAGUGCUGAUAAAGGAGGGAGGAGUUCAGCUCACGCUCACCAUAGUGGACACGCCAGGCUUUGGCGAUGCUGUGGACAACAGCAACUGUUGGCAGCCGGUGAUCAACUACAUCGACAGUAAGUGUGAAGACUUCCUAAAUGCCGAAUCACGCGUCAAUCGGAGACAAAUGCCGGAUAACCGAGUGCACUGCUGCCUGUACUUCAUCGCCCCCUCUGGUCAUGGCUUAAAGCCUCUGGAUAUCGAGUUCAUGAAGCGUCUACACGACAAAGUCAACGUCAUCCCGCUCAUCGCAAAGGCCGACACACUCACGCCGGAGGAGUGCCAGCAAUUCAAGAAACAGAUUAUGAAGGAGAUUCAAGAACACAAAAUAAAGAUUUACGAGUUUCCCGACACAGAGGAGGACGAGGACAGCAAACUCAUCCGCAAGAUAAAGGAGCGGAUGCCUCUGGCUGUUGUGGGCAGCAACGUAGUGGUGGAAGUGAACGGCAGGAAGGUCAGAGGGCGCCAGUACCCCUGGGGUGUGGCAGAAGAGGGCAUUUUUGUGGAGAACGGCGAGCACUGUGACUUUACUGUCCUACGAAACAUGCUCAUCAGGACCCACAUGCAGGACCUGAAGGAUGUGACUAACAACGUGCACUACGAGAACUACCGCAGCAAGAAACUGGCCGCCGUCACCUGUAACGGAGUGGACGCAAGCAAGAGUAAAGGCCAACUGACCAAGAGCCCACUAGCUCAGAUGGAAGAGGAGCGGAGGGAGCAUGUGAUGAAGAUGAAGAAGAUGGAGGGUGAAAUGGAGCAGGUUUUUGAGAUGAAGGUCAAAGAGAAGAAACAGAAACUGAAGGACUCUGAGGCUGAGCUGGAGAGGAGACAUGAGCAGAUGAAGAGAAACUUGGAGGUGCAGUACAAGGAGCUGGAGGAGAAGAGAAGGCAGUAUGAGGAGGAGAAAGCAAACUGGGAGGUGCAGCAACGGCUGCUGGAGCAGCAGAAACUCGACGCCUCCAAAACCAUGGAGAAGAACAAGAAAAAGGGGAAAAUCUUUUAACGAGGCCUACGUCCUUUACCUCUGCCAGCACCACACACUCCUUUUUAAAUACCCUGCUCGUAUGAGUAACACCCCCAGCUUACACACACACACACACACACACACACACACACACACACACACACACACACACACACACACACACACAAUUGAUCUGCAUCCACAUGUAUUUUGGAACAUUCCAGAAGCAUGAUUUUUUUUUUAUCUGUAACUGAUCUGUGUCGCAGCUCUGGAACUCCAGUUAGAUGAUGUGAGGCGCCCUCGUGUGGACGCUGACUGUUACUGCACACACAUGGCGAAGUGCAUCUUGCAUUUUAAAUGACGAAGAGGAUUUUAUUUACCAGUCCUCUGAUAGCUAAUUACAAGCCUGGUCAUUCCAUUUCAAACACACAUACACACACACUCACACUCACACACACACACACACACACACACACACACACACACACACACACACACACACACACACACACAGCUCUCAUACCUGAGCUUUAAUUUUGACCCCAUUUGAUCAUAUAUACCGUGUGUGGUAUGUGUGUGUGUGUGUGUGUGUGUGUGUGUGUGUGUGUGUGUGUGUGUGUGUGUGUGUGUGUGUGUGUGUAGAAUAGUGUACAUAUUAGAGCCCAUAGACAUAAAGUACCCGACAGAAUUGAAGACAUAUCUUAAUUCUGUCCAAAUGAAACCGUUUUUUUUUAUCUUUAUAGGAUAUAAUACAUUUUUCUUUGAAAAUAAAACUCCAAAAACUCACUGCAACAUCAGUUGAAAUUCCUUAUGAGUAAAUAUUAUUCGUAAUUCUACUCUUUCUUCCAAAAUGGCUUUUAUUUACUUGCUUAAAUAAAUCUCGCUAAAUAAACAGUUGAAUAUUAAAAGCUAAGCUCUCCAGCUAAUGUGUUAGCAAGGCAAAUCGGCAGGCUAGUUUAGCUAAUCAUCUUUCAAGUAACGUAAGCAUCGUAACUUUUAAAACGGUGAAAAAUUGUUUAAAAUUAUGGUCUACUAAAAAAUAGAAAAAUAUUAUGAGGUUACUGGAACUCAAAUAUCAAUAUUUUCACCUUAAGCUUUAAAUGUUUAUUAUUUUGUCAGGUUUCUCUAUAGAAAUACAUGUUAAAUAAGAGUCAUAAGCAAAUAUUUGGUUCAUUGGAAUCUAAUAAUAGCAGAUAUUUGAUACGUUUGAUUCAGUUGGAGAUGUUUUCACUCGCUAAGUUUAAUUUUCUUGUCGUGUGACGUGUUGAUGCGCUAAGAUUAGCUUCAGUCUGGAGAAAUAGAACAUUUACAGCAGCGUGUGGAGAUGCUAACAACACACACACACACACACACACACACACACACACACACACACACACACACACACACACACACACACAGAUAUACGCUAUGCAAACGUGAACAGUUCUUCCAGCUUUCUCACUUAGCGAAUGCUCACUAGUAGAAUUAACGGCAGCAUGUUCUCGACCCUUUACAUUACAACCCAUCAUCAACCCCCAACACACACACACACACACACAAACGUUUUUAUGUUUUUAUAUGUAUUCUGUUUAUAUCAUAAUGUGUUUUUUCCCUGCAUUUUAUUAUUGUCUUUUCUGUCCAUCCUAACUGUACAUUAUUACUAUUAAAGAUGAGACAGCGAUGCUAAACACA